UUACCAUUCUAUUCUUGCACGAUAAGAAUAUCCGACCCUGGUGUAGUGGUAGGCUUCAAACAGCAGAAGUAGAAGCGCCAACUAGUUCCAACUCUCGUCCUAGCUGUUCUCUAUCUUCUAGUUUAGAGAGAGUUAGGGCUUCUGAGAUGGCUUCCAAGGAUCAGAAGCAAGGUGGUGGCUUUUUCUCAUCGAUCGCUUCUACCUUGUCUAAUAUUGGGAGCGCGAUGCACAAAUCUGUUAACGGAUUGCUGGGUUAUGAAGGACUGGAAGUUAUAAAUCCGGAGGGAGGCAAGGAAGAUGCAGAGGAGGAAGCUCAGAAAGGAAGAUGGAAGCAGGAGGAAAGAGACAGUUACUGGAAGAUGAUGCACAAGUAUAUAGGUUCAGAUGUCACAUCAAUGGUGACACUUCCUGUUCUUAUUUUUGAGCCAAUGACCAUGCUUCAAAAAAUGGCUGAGUUAAUGGAGUAUUCCCACUUGCUAGAUCAGGCAGAUGAAUGUGAAGAUCCUUACAUGCGGCUUGUGUAUGCAUCAUCCUGGGCCAUAUCUGUCUACUAUGCUUAUCAACGGACUUGGAAGCCUUUUAAUCCCAUACUUGGUGAGACAUAUGAAAUGGCCAAUCAUGGUGGGGUUACAUUCAUUGCAGAGCAGGUGAGCCACCAUCCCCCGAUGAGUGCUGGGCAUGCUGAAAAUGAACAUUUUACCUAUGAUGUCACAUCAAAGCUGAAGACAAAAUUUUUAGGAAAUUCACUUGACAUCUAUCCUGUUGGAAGGACACGUGUGACCCUUAAGAGAGAUGGUGUAAUCCUAGAUUUGGUGCCCCCUCCGACCAAAGCCAACAACCUUAUAUUUGGGCGGACUUGGGUUGAUUCACUAGGGGAGAUGAUCAUGACCAACCUGACAACUGGGGACAAAGUUGUACUUUAUUUUCAGCCAUGUGGUUGGUUUGGGGCUGGUCGCUAUGAAGUGGAUGGUUAUGUGUAUAAUUCUGCAGAAGAACCUAAAAUAUUGAUGACUGGGAAAUGGAAUGAGUCAAUGAGUUAUCAACCAUGCGACUUGGAAGGGGAGCCCCUUCCUGGCACUGAACUUAAAGAGGUCUGGAGAGUUGCUGAUGUUCCAGAGAAUGACAAGUUCCAAUAUACAUAUUUUGCACAUAAAAUAAACAGUUUUGACACUGCACCGAGGAAAUUGUUGGCAUCAGAUUCUCGUUUACGUCCUGAUAGAUAUGCCCUUGAGAAGGGUGAUCUAUCCAAAGCUGGUUCUGAAAAGAGCAGUCUGGAGGAGAGGCAGAGAGCUGAAAAAAGAAACCGAGAAGCAAAUGGUCACCAAUUUACUCCAAGAUGGUUUGACAUUACAGGCGAAAUUACUCCUACCCCUUGGGAUGACUUGGAGGUGUACCAAUUUAAUGGGAAAUAUACCCAGCAUCGGGCAGUUGCAGAUAGCUCAGACAACAUUGAUGAAGUUGAUGUUAGAUCAAUAGAGUUCAACCCAUGGCAGUAUAAUGAUUUGACUGCCAAGUGAUGUUUUGUUUAAUGUUUUGCAUCAUCUUUUUCUUCUGGUAGCUGCAACAACCAGAAACAAUUUAUAUGUGAUUUGUAGAAAUUAUUUGUGUACAUGUUAUUAUAUCAAGUAUUUCAAGGUAGUGUAUUCAUUUUUUGCAGUA